GGCACGCGUGUACACUUGUCAAGCCAGUAUAACCGUUCUAUAGCGCCGAAUUUCACACUUUCCUGUGUGCCCUUCCAAAAGUGCCGAGCUUGCUGCAAAUAUCGGAUUCUGGAGUCGCGAAAACUGACCAAUUGCAAGGUCUGAUUUGGACCAGAGAACCAAUCAGGCGACAGGGUGUCGGCCAAUUGAAAUCUGUCGGCAUCUAAUUAGCGGGCGUUAUAAAUUCACUCUCCACCGUCGGUCGACUACUUUCAUUGUCUUGCACUUGAGCGCAAACGAAGUUCAUCCGACAUGGCACGUACCAAGCAGACCGCCCGUAAAUCCACCGGAGGCAAGGCCCCGAGGAAGCAGCUGGCAACCAAGGCUGCCCGCAAGAGCGCGCCGGCUACCGGCGGCGUGAAGAAGCCUCACCGCUACAGGCCCGGCACCGUGGCCCUGAGAGAGAUCCGCCGCUACCAGAAGUCGACGGAGUUGCUGAUCCGCAAGCUGCCCUUCCAGCGCCUGGUGCGAGAGAUCGCCCAAGACUUCAAGACCGACCUGCGCUUCCAGAGCUCGGCGGUCAUGGCCCUGCAGGAAGCCAGCGAGGCCUACCUGGUGGGUCUCUUCGAGGACACCAACCUGUGCGCCAUCCACGCCAAGCGUGUGACCAUCAUGCCCAAGGACAUUCAGCUCGCACGUCGCAUCCGUGGCGAGCGUGCUGGAAAAGCCGCCAAGAAAGCUGGCAAAGCCAGGCCGGUCGGAGACAAGAAGAAGGGAAGGAGGAGAAAGAGGAGGGAGACGUUCGGCGUCUACAUCUACAAAGUGCUCAAGCAGGUGCAUCCCGACACCGGCGUCUCCAGCAAGGCCAUGGGCAUCAUGAACUCAUUUGUCAACGACAUCUUUGAGCGCAUCGCCGCCGAGGCUUCCCGUCUGGCUCACUACAACAAGCGCUCCACCAUCAGUAGCCGCGAGAUUCAGACCGCCGUCAGACUCCUGCUGCCGGGCGAGCUGGCCAAGCACGCCGUCAGCGAGGGCACCAAGGCCGUCACCAAGUACACCAGCUCCAAGUAGAUCCACCGCCGCUGCUACACACAACCCCGGCCUUUUUCAAGGCCACCCACAUCCCCAAAAAAGACCUGUUUCAAUCACAAUAUAAUCACGAUAUACACUCCGACAAUAUACACAUGUACACACCACUAACCUGUGACCGCAGCUAGCUACAAAACUACCCGUGCACACGGUAGAAACAGAGACUAUGUCCUGCGUGAACUGCGACGCACAACAACAACAACAACAGAAAGCUAAAGAAAAACAAGUCAAGUUUAUUCUGACGUAAUAAAAGUCUGAACGCGUUCUUUCUUGUCGAACAAGGCAUAGAGUAGGCCUUCUGGAACAAAUGUCGCCUGCGACGUUCCUUAGAACAAUAUGCAUGGAUUGGCCGUAGGUCGGCGUUCUUGUCCUAUCUAAACAUACCAGAAAACAGUGUGUGUUAUCUGUGU